UUUUUCUGUUUUCUCUCCCGUCCAUCCCGUUUCUCCCUUUCUCCUUCUUCUCCGCACCGCAAAGCAAACCCUCCCUCUCUCCCCGCUCCCCUGGUACUAGCAUCAGAUCUGCGAUCCGAUCCAGUCCGGCGAUCCCGCGCGGCCACCAUGGCCGCCUCCGCCUCCGCAUCCCAGUCCCAACCCGACUUCGACUACCUCUUCAAGCUGCUCCUCAUCGGCGACUCGGGCGUCGGCAAGAGCAGCCUCCUCCUCCGCUUCACCGCCGACUCCUUCGAGGACCUCUCCCCCACCAUAGGUGUCGACUUCAAGGUCAAGAUGGUCGACGUCGCCGGCAAGAAACUCAAGCUCGCCAUCUGGGACACAGCUGGACAGGAAAGAUUUAGGACCUUGACCAGCUCAUAUUACAGAGGGGCGCAAGGUGUCAUCAUGGUGUAUGAUGUCACUCGACGAGAAACUUUCACGGAUCUUUCUGAUAUAUGGGCGAAGGAGAUUGACCUAUAUUCAACAAACCAGGAUUGUAUAAAGAUGCUUGUUGGGAACAAAGUGGACAAGGAAAGUGAGAGAGCUGUCACGAAAAAGGAAGGGAUUGAGUUCGCCAGGGAAUAUGGAUGUUUGUUUCUGGAAUGCAGUGCGAAAACGAAAGUGAAUGUAGAGCAGUGCUUUGAGGAACUCGUGCUGAAGAUAUUAGACACGCCGAGCCUUCUGGCGGAUGCUUCUUCUGGGGCGAAGAAGAACAUUUUCAAGCAGAAGGCACCGGAAGCUGAUGCUGCUGCAAGCGGCUGCUGUUAAUAUGUUGCUAAUUGAUCUAUGAUAUGUUAUAGAAAUUGAUAAGCUUGUUUGUGUCGAUUUUAUUUUGUUUUCAUUUUUCCUGUAUAUCAAUAUCCCAUGUUGAGUCACGCAUUCACAAAACAGUCUGUCGAUCAUGCUGGCAGUUGUUCAGUUCUAUACUUCUAUAUCAGCAACACUUAAUAUGGAUCAGAGGGAGUAGUAAGCUUGAAUCUAUGGAUGAAUGUUUUCGUCA